AUGACGUAUGGUCUUCCUGCGGGCGGCGAGCCUUCCUCAGCGCCACCAGAGGACGCCUGCGGCCCGGACCGCGGCGGCUGCGAGCACGUGUGUACCGACGUGGAGGGACGCGCCGUCUGCUCCUGCUACCGCGGCUUCCUGCUCUCCGAUGGCGCCUGCACCGACGUGGACGAAUGCAUCGCGGACAAUGGCGGGUGCGAGCAGCAGUGUGUGAACACUGCCGGCUCCUACAGCUGCGCCUGCAAGGAGGGUUUGCGACUCGCCGCCGACGGCAAGCACUGCCUCGACGUGAACGAGUGCCUGCUGCGGAACGGGCACGGGCCGUGCCAGGACCGGUGCGAGAACGAGUGGGGCGGCUACCGGUGCUCGUGCGAGGGCCUGCCCGGCACGCGGCUCGCCGCCGACGGCCACACGUGCGAGGACGUGGACGAGUGCGCCGACGGCUCGGCCGGCUGCUCGCACGGCUGCCUCAACACGCUGGGCAGCGCCUUCUGCCUCUGCCCGCCCGGCUUCAUCCUCGGCUCCGACUGGAAGACCUGCCAGGACAUCGACGAGUGCGCGGAGGGCGGCGACGCGGGCUGCCUGCACGGCUGCCACAACUUCCCCGGCGGCUUCCGCUGCGCCUGCCCGACCGGCUACCAGCCCGCCGAGGGCGCCACUGCGCAGCCGCAGGACAGCGACGUCGCCGCCGACGACCAGCAGCGCUGCGUCGACGUCGACGAGUGCGCCGCCGACAGCGCCGAGGUAGACGGCGGGUCGUGCUCGCACGAGUGCAGCAACAGCGAGGGCAGCUUCUCGUGCUCGUGCCCGGCCGGCUUCGUGCUCGGCUCGGACGAGCGCACCUGCCGUGACGUGGACGAGUGCGAGUCCGGGGAGGCGCGCUGUGCGCAGGACUGCCUCAACACCAUCGGCAGCUUCAGCUGCGACUGCGCCGACGGCUUCCGGCUGGCCGACGACCAGCGCUCCUGCAGGGACGUCGACGAGUGCUCCGCUGACGAGGAUGUCUUCCCCGGAGAGACGCGCUGCUCCCACCGCUGCGUCAACACGGAAGGCUCUUUCAGCUGCCAUUGCCCUGCAGGGUUCGCUCUCGGAGAAGACUCCAGAACGUGUAAUGACCUCGACGAGUGCCUCGGUGAGCACAACUGUUCCCACGAGUGUAUCAAUGAAGAAGGUAGCUAUAGAUGUGGAUGUCCCGACGGACAGCUGCUCAAAAGGGAUCGUAGAACAUGUGAACUGGAGGAAAACUGUUUCAGUAAGAUGGACGAUGGCUCUGGCAGACUGUGUACGCAAGAGUGUGUGGGGGACGACGGGGAUAUUAUCUGCAAGUGUCCACCUGGAUACGUUCUUUCAGACGGUGAAAGCAGGUGUGAUGACGUAGAUGAGUGUGCGGGCGAGGCGAAAGACGUUUGUUCCCACAACUGCACCAACAUUCCAGGAGGUUUCGUGUGUAUUUGUCCAGAAGGAUAUAUCUUGUCAAAGGACCACAGAACGUGCGUAGAUGACGAUGAAUGUGACAGCAACGAAACGGAGCUAGGUUGUUCUCACGGCUGUGUCAACACCGAAGGCAGUUUCCGAUGCACGUGUCCGGCUGGUUUCGUGCUGGACAGCGAUUUGUUGAACUGUAAGGACAUAGACGAGUGCUCCGAGUUCGAACGCAAUGAAAAUGCCUCUAGAUGCUCCCACGCGUGUGUUAACGAUCCUGGCAGCUUCCACUGCACUUGUCCUCCGGGCCUGAUACUCGGCGGCGACUUAUUGUCUUGCAAGGACAUAGACGAAUGCAUGGAUCUCGAGGGCAGUGGGGCAGGAGUUGUCUGCGAACACGGCUGCGUUAACGAGCACGGCAGCUUCAGGUGCACGUGUUUUAAAGGAUUCGCACUUGCUGAUGACAAACGGAGUUGCGAAGACGUAGACGAGUGCGCAGAUGGCAAUGCUCACGGUUGCUCUCAUAUUUGUGCUAAUACUGCUGGGAGCUACCAGUGCAAGUGUCCAGCAGGGUACUACGUGGGCGACGACAACAAAACAUGCGAGGAUAUUGACGAAUGUAAUGAAGAGAGCGGGGAAAUUGUCUGCUUACACUCGUGUAUUAAUUUGCCUGGGAGCUACAAGUGUUCGUGCCCAAUGGGGUACCACCUUCAACGUGACACGGGAGUCUGCGAAGAUAUAGACGAGUGCGAGGCGUACAAGAAAAUAGGAGCAGACGAUGGUUGCAGCCACGACUGUAAGAAUGUGCCAGGGUCCUAUAAGUGCGAAUGUCCAGCCGGAUUUACCCUGUCUCGCAAUCUACGCACUUGCGAAGACAUUGAUGAAUGCAACAACUUCAUAAAUAAUCCCUGCUCCCACGAGUGCAAAAAUUUGCCCGGAAGUUUCUUAUGCUUGUGUCCAGAAGGGUACAAUCUUAAAAGCGAUCUUAUAACAUGCGAGGAUAUAGAUGAGUGUAUCGCGAAAGACGAGAAUGGGACGUCGUUCGUAGAUUGUUCACACGGCUGCGUCAACGAACCGGGGACGUAUCGUUGUACAUGUCCAGAUGGUUUCGAACUGGAUGACGACGAAGAAACUUGCGUAGACAUCGACGAAUGCGAUUAUGAUUUUCCAGUGUGUACAUGUAAUGAAGAGAGCAGCGAAGUUAACUGCUUAAGUUCGUGUGUUAACAUACCUGGGAGUUACAUGUGUUCGUGUCCUUACGGGUACCACCUACAACGCGACACGGGAACCUGUGAAGAUAUAGACGAAUGCGCAGCGUAUGAGAAAAUAGGAGCAGACGAUGGCUGCAGCCACGACUGUAAGAAUGUGCCUGGCUCCUAUAAGUGCGAUUGUCCCGCCGGACUUAAACUGUCUCGCAAUCGACGCACAUGUGAAGACAUAGACGAAUGCAACAACGGAAAUAAUCCCUGUUCCCACGAGUGCGAAAACUUGCAGGGAAGCUACUUAUGCGUGUGUCCGGAAGGGUACACCCUUAAAAGCGAUCGUAGAACUUGCGAAGACAUAGACGAGUGUAUCGCGAAGGACGAGAAUGGGACGUCGUUCGUAGACUGUUCACACGGCUGCGUCAAUGAACCUGGGAGAUAUCGUUGUACGUGUCCAGACGGCUUUGAAUUGGAUGACGAUGAAGAGACCUGCAUAGACAUCGAUGAAUGCCAUCGUAAUAUUUCAGGGUGUACACAUGACUGCAGGAAUCUGCCUGGGAGUUUCAAGUGUGACUGUGCUCCAGGAUUCUUUCUGUUGAACGAUCAAAAAUCUUGCGAUAAUUUUGACGAAUGUGCUUUGAAUGACGAAGGUCAUUCGUAUGCUAGUUGUUCUCAUAACUGUACCAAUCUGGCAAACAGCUUCUUUUGUAGCUGCCCUGAGGGAUACGUCCUUAAUAAACAUGACUCAAGGACGUGUAUUGAUUCUGAUAUUUGUCGAACCAACGAAAACAAGACUUUGUGUUCGCACUUAUGCGUAAGUCUUGACGGGAGCUACAAGUGUGCUUGUCCUGAAGGGAUGGUUUUGGACAGUGAUCAAAGCACGUGCAUCGACGAGAAAGAAUGUGCUGUGCCGGGCGACGAACUGGACGAGGGCUACGAACGAUGCUGGAGGCAGUGCGGCGAUUCAGAGGGCCAGCUGGUGCACUGCGAGUGCAGCGACGGCUACCGGUGGGACGGCGAGGCGCGGCAGCAGCGCUGCUCCCACGAGUGCGUGAACCGGCCGGGCGGCUACGCGUGCCGCUGCCCCGCAGGCCUGCAGCUGACGCACGACGGUCACGCAUGCCUCCCCACGGGCUGCCUGCACCACAACGGCGGCUGCUCGCACCUCUGCGCCGACACCGACCUCGGGGUGCAGUGCUACUGUCCGCCGGGCUACCGCCUGCUCGAGGACGACCACAAGACCUGCGUCGAGGUGGACGAGUGCCUGGUGAACAACGGCGGCUGCUCUCACGAGUGCCGCAGUACCCUGUCCGGAGUGGAGUGCUCCUGUCCAGACGGAUACGAACUGCGGACUCCGACCACGUGCCACGACGUAGACGAGUGCGCCCUGGACGACGACGAGGAGGAUGACGACGACGACGAUGACGACGACGACGAAUAUGUUGGCGGCGGCUGUUCCCAAUUAUGUGUCAAUACGGAAGGCAGCUACCGCUGCGAGUGUCUCCCAGGCUACCGGCUGUCGGAACAGAACGGACGAGAAUGCCGCGACGUCGACGAAUGUGCGCACGGGAACUCCUCGAAAGGUGGAGGGCCCCCGUGCUCCCACGGAUGCGUCAACACGGAAGGCAGCUACCGGUGCGAGUGUCCGCAGGGAUUCCAACUCGACGGAGGCAGGCACAACUGCAUCGACAUCGACGAGUGUGAGAGCGACGAGAGGGGGAACUGCAGUUACUUCUGCGUCAACACUGCGGGCAGCUACCGCUGCGAGUGCCCCGACGCCUGGACUCUUUCGUCGGACGGCCAGACCUGCCUGAGGGCUUCCAGAACGUGCGCCGUGCGUAACGGCGGCUGCUCGCACUACUGCGUGGACAUCGGCGGCGGCGUGCGCUGCGAGUGUCCCGAGGGCUUCGCGCUCUCGGACGGAGGCCGGCAGUGCAACGACGUGGACGAGUGCGCGCCCGGCGGCGGCGGCGGCGGCUGCUCGCACCGCUGCGUCAACACGGUGGGCAGCUUCCGGUGCGAGUGCCCCGGCGGGGGACCGCUUGCGGCCGACGGGCGCACCUGCGCGGGACCGUGCCACAGCCUGGCCGAGCCCUGCUCGCACGCCUGCGAGGUGGUGGGCGGCGCAGCGCGCUGCACCUGCCCCGACGGCUACGUGCUCGCCGGCGACGGCCGCUCCUGCGACCUCAACGAGUGCCUCUCGCCGGGCCGCACCGGCUGCUCGCACGGCUGCAUCAACACCGACGGCGGCUUCCGCUGCGAGUGUCCCGCCGGCUUCGUACUCGGGUCUGACGGUCGCACUUGCGAAGAUGUGGAUGAGUGCCUGUCCUCGAAUCACGGGUGCCAGCAGCUGUGCGUCAACACUCUGGGGUCCUUCACCUGUGCUUGCAAGACCGGCUUCCGGCAACGUGGAGACGCCUGUGUUGACGUGGACGAGUGCGAGAUCAACAACGGUGGGUGCAGCUACUUGUGUGUGAAUUCUCCGGGUUCCUUCCACUGCGUCUGCCCCAAGGGCUUCAGACCUAGUGCUAGGAACCGGACUGUGUGUGAAGACGUGAACGAGUGCACGGAGAGGAACGGCGGCUGCAACAUGGACUGCGUCAACACGCCGGGCAGCUUCCUGUGCGUCUGCAGCGACGACUUCGUGCUGGACACCGACGCAAGGACCUGUCGUGAGGCGGUGUGCGGCCCUCCGCCGGCGCCCCUGGGCGGCGAGGUGCGGUGUCCGGGGCUGCCCAGCGGUCCGGGCGCUCGCUACGCGGCGGGCGCCGAGUGCCACGUGCGCUGCGGGCCAGGCUACCGACACCUGGGCACCAGCGUGCUGCGCUGCGCGCCCGCCGGCGUCUGGGAAGGCGCGCAGCCCACCUGCGUGCGGGAGCUCAGGGCUUCUGACGCACCAGCUCCUUUCAUUCAGUGCCAAAAUGACGUCAGAAUUGACUUACCUCCAAAUGAGAGCUCUGUCCGUGUUCGUAUUCAGCAGCCGAAAUCUAACAUGGACUGGUGGAGGUACAUUGAUUCUGUGCCUCCUUGGGGCAAGCAGCUGGAGACGCAGCUGGGUCCUGGCACCUCAGAGGUAACGUUCAUCGCCAGAAAUCCAAUGGACAACACAACAGCGAGCUGCACCGUCAAGAUACACGUCCAAGACUUGGAGAGCCCAGUUGUGAGGACCUGUCCCCAGUCUUUCGAUGUAUUUCUGCGGCCUGGAGAGCUAUACAGGGCUGUUUCAUGGGUAGAACCAGAGUUUGAAGACAACGUCGGAAUUGAAAACAUAUAUAGAUCUAAGAGUUCAGGAGAGAAGUUCUCAAAGGGCUUACAUCAAAUUAAUUACGUGGCAACGGAUGCUGCUGGAAACAAAGCCAAGUGUCACUUCUCCAUACAUGUGAAAGGUGACGAGAUCAAUAAACCAACUCACAGAUUACGUCCACCGUACAAAAAGACGGUGAUAUGUCCCGGGAAGACGACAACUAAGAAAAUAUAUACAAUUCAUUAUCCCUGGCAGGUGCCUGCCGGCUGCUUCCUGCGCCGCACACGUGUCGUGGCCAGCACGUUCACCGUGCACACGAGGGUGCCCGCCGUCGCUACCCGCUCUGACGAUACAGAGCGCCGCAUCCGGCACCAGUCGGCGGGCGACAGGCGGCACUCGCACGCGUGGCAGCCGUGGGGCGGCGCGCUGGCGCCGCGAGAGGUGCCCGCCGGCCGCGGCUGUUGCUGAGGGCCGCGCGGCGCACAGCGGGGGUUCCCCCCACCCCUCACCCCUCACUGCUGGCUGCGGCGUCUCUCUGCGCCACACGGUGUACCCGGCGCCGCGCACCCUCCAGCUGCUCACUGUGGCAGCCCUCACCGGCGCCUGCGAUCGACGGCUCCUACACCCAGCACCCCAACAACCUACCUAACUCCAACAACCUUACUGUCCCAUCACUCUGACAGGAAGUCUGAUACUGUCGUAAAAGCGUAUUUUUGUUACAUUUUUGAAAGUCGGUAAGAGUCGGAACAUUUUGUCAAGAGGCGGAACGUCUUAUGAACCCUUCUUUUAACACAGGCGCAAUCAAGUCAAUGAACAGGAAAAUUAAUACGAUUUUUGCAAGUCAGUAUUCUUGCCCGUUAAUAAUACACUUCAUGCGUUCUAUCACUUGUGUCUGUCCUAUUAAUUGGAAUCACAAUAGGUGCUGGAUAAAAUUCAGAAACAUAAGAGUCAAUCUCAUCUUUUGUUAUAGGAUACUCGCUCAGAGUUAAUAGAUUUUUCUACAUCUCUGACUAGAUGUAUAAUCGUGAUUUACUAAGAAAACAAGAAAUACUUUUGGCCCCGGGUGAAUACAGCUAUUUACCCAUCAGUCAAACGGAAAGAUAUCCACGAAAGAGGUAUCAAAUGUUCUUUAACAUACUGUAAAAGUUUCACAAAGUCUGAGAAUGUAACUAAUUCCUUACCUAUAAUUUCAAAUAAUACUCUACGCACAUGUUGCCAGAAUCAAUACAGGCGUUGUUUCCACUGUAGUUACCGUUUAUCCGUCGUGUUUUACCUUUGUUAACCAAUUCACGUAGAAUCUGUUUUCGAAAUCUUCCAGUUUGCUUAUUUCGAAUGGUUGUCAGUGAGACUUUGACGUAAUCAGAUGCCAUCCAGAUUCACUGGUCCAGUGCUAAUAUCAACUUAUGACGUAAUCGUAUUAUGUUAGCAAUCUUAAGUCUAUUUCAAAUCAACUCUGCAGCUACAUGAGUAAUGUCUGUUUUGAGGAAAAGACGACGAAAACGAACCACUUGUUCGCAAAGGAAGUAAAAUGGGUUCAGACUUCUGAAAAACUUUUGUUUCCAAAGAUUGGAAGCAGAACAUUACAUUUAUAUACAGCUAUGGUACUUAUGGGUUCCUCGAUUACUGAUUCAUCACUAAGUAUACGGGGUGUAUCACCUAAGAUUUGUCAGACGCGUUUUCCCUGGUAUUCCAGCAGAUAUCUGCAAUUUAGUUUUCGUAUUGUGUAACUGACGUCAGCCCAAACAAAAAGUGCUCAUCAUGUCUUUCAUUUAGCACACCGGACUCGCAUUCUGGAGGACGACGGUUCAAUCCCACGUCCGGUCUCCCUGAUUUAGGUUCUCCGUGAUUCCCCUAAAUCACUCCAGGCAAAUGCCAGGAUGGUUCCUUCGAAAGGGCACGGCCGACUUCCUUCCCUAAUCCAAUGAGACCGAUGACCUAGCUGUUUGGUCUCCUCUAACAAACAACCCAACCCAACCCAACAUCUUUCAUGCGAUGUCCAGUGUCGAGCGAAAGCGCCGUUUUGUUUCCCGUUACAAACAAAAUGACUUUUAAAGCGGUAUUUUACACACCCAUUCGAUAGCCCCAAAUUUGUCUAGUUUGAUAUUUGUUUUUUCGAUAUGCAUUAAAAAGAACAGUACAACACGAAGAAUAUCCAGCAUUACGGUAGCGACAGCACUGCCUUGGUCCGCGCUGACAGCCACCGCCAAGCAUUUGGAUACUUUUUAUUCUUAUUGUUUUACUGACCCUGUUAAUACGCAUCGACAAAGAGAAUAUCGUCUAGAAUUAAGGAGCGCUCUGUCGGAUGGACACGUAAAAUUCUUUAAAAAUAAUUUUGUUAGCAAUGGGGCACAAGCCGAAUCUUCCUGUUGACGCUGGGGGUCACAUGAAAGAUGUGACCUACAAUAACACAAUGCAAAAGCGCAAUUGCAAAUAUCUGCUGAAACACCAGGGACCAUGAGCCUAAUGACUCUUAGGAGAGACAUGCGUUAUAAGAAUUACUAGAAAAUAUGACUUUAACAGAAAGCCAUAGAAAAAUUUCUUGAAAGUAUGUAAUUUCCCAUACAACUCAAAUUUCAAAAUAUUACAUCAGAAACCAACUAACACACUAUUUGAUCUCUGGCGGAUUCAAAGUAUUUCAAAGAAUAUCCAGCUUUGGGUCUAAAAAGAUGAGCUUGUUGCUUUGCAGUAUAUGUCCCGAGUACCGUAUCAGAGGAAAAAAACUGUUUUCUCGGUCUUGCCCAAUCCCAUCCUUCUUGAGAUACGUGCAGGAUACCAGGGAACGACCCGAAACUUGGGAAGAUACGUAGUUCAUAAUGUUUACCGAAACUGUGGCUAAGCCAAUUUUUGCUGACAUAUGUACAUGCCAGUCAAAAAACAGUUCAAUGAACAUCAUUCAGUUAUCAAGAAUACUAAAUGUUCUGCACCGUAGUAAACCACUGACUGUUACAUAAAAACGACGCUAAUUCUUUGUAAGAGACAUCGGAGCGGCUUUGUCGUUAAAGACUCAUUUUUUGGUUACCGAGAGGUGCCGGCAGGCUUCAGUACCACACUGGGGAUUUAUUACAACAAACCCAUGCACGUUAUGGUGUAAAUGCGAAAUUUCAAAGUAUUUGUGCAUCACACUGAUCUUUUCUGUCGUUUUUUGUGCAGAACAAACAUUGCUCAGUGCAGUCAUUACGACGACAUGCAGACCAUUGUUCUUCGUACUAUCUGAUUGUUUUUUGUUGAUGUUUCCCUGAUACCUGUAACCUUAAGACACCCAGAAGCAGCUUGCUUCAAAACAUGGUAACUGUGUGACUGAUCUGUAAAUAGUUCUGUGUGUUUGUGUGAAUGUAACAAAUGUGAUUUAUCAUAUAUUUAUUUUUAUACCCUAUCCCGAAUGUGAUUCAUAGAGGACAGUAGCGCUGAACAUAAUGCCCGCUUGUAAUUAGCUACAGCAUCACCAAUCACUGUACCGUUGCAUUAAUAAGUGUGUUGUGUCCCUUCAUAUACUCGUAUUUUAUGUAUUGAUUCGCAUUCCACUAUUAAUGCGAAUUUUUAACUAAUCUUUGUGUUUUUAUUUUUGUCUGUGUGAUGCAAAGAAACUAUGUAAUGCCAAGUAUGUUAGAGACGAAAGCUGAAGAAAAUCUACGAAAAAGUUUACUCGCCGAUUAUUUACUGUAUUUAAAUAAUGACAAUAUUAUAUUUACAGAACAGGAGAUUAGUAACGAGGAGAUGAGUUACAGGACAGAGAUUUUUUAAAAUUAAAGUAACAAUAUUUACUAUUAGAUAUUUCCUUCUGCUCAUGACGUGAAAGAAAUGUAUCGGAGUAGAUAUUUUGAACAUUUAUUAUUUCAAAAUUAAUUUUCACACUGUUUGCUACAUUUACUUCACUGGUGAGUUAACGGUGAUUGUCCCGGUAAUGUUACUGAAAAUUUUUCGGUAGAGGGCAAAAGAUCUUCGGAAAAAUACUGCGAUAUUAAAGCGAUUUUCAGAUGAGAACUCAUAGAUCCUCUCUCAGAAGUAUGGAAACUUACUUCCAUAUACAAAUAUCAUGCGAACAUCGGGUAUUUCACAACGUGGCGACGCAUUUCUGGGUUCCCUGAGGAAAAACUCUUCGAUGACAUCCACUACAAGGAAUGAAGAAGCAUGUUACUUCGCGUAACAAUUCCCUCUUGCUUCCUGGAGAAUGUGAUUUGAUUCGCUAUUAUUCUCGAAAAUGGACGGAUAUCUUGAGAGAUCCAAGACUUUCGUUAGACACUGCAAAUUGUGUGAAAAAAUACAGUUUGUCGGCCGACUUGUUAUCGUUCGACUGCUCUUAUUAUUGUAAUCAUAUAAUCUGGCAUUUGUUGUGUGUUCCCCUGAGUAAAACAAUUCACUCGCUUUAUUACUUUCUUCCCCUGACGAAGCGUCUAGAACUAUUUUAUCGGUUUCAGAUAAACCUGAAAUUAUACAGUUUGUGAUUUAUUGUUGCAUGGAACACUAAAUAUAAUAGCUUUUGGUGUUAGAUCAACUGCCCUUUAUAAUUAUAGAAAGGAGAGUAACUGUUAUGUGAAAGGUGUGAGAGAUGACAUCCAGAAUAAGCGUAAAUGUUGUUUAAAUCCAAUUCAAAGUUUAAAAAAAUUGAGAAACUGAAACUAGUCGCAUACUGUUGCGUAGAAACAAUAAAUAUUCAAGAGUCUGAAAGGGGUGUUACACGUAAACACUUAAACUCCAAAAAUUCUGUGGACUAAUAGCCCUCAUUUAGGGAUCUUAACAGUAGAAAAAACCACCUAUCACUUUCAGAACACAACUUGAAUGUAUAUUUUCUGUACUGUUUUCCUGUAUUUGGUGUGCACUAUUGGCUGAAUGAGAUUUAAAUGUGCCAUAUACUCGUGCAGAUAUAUGUUAUGUUUUUCGAUGUUUCUGUAUUCAUGUGAUACGUGUUCAAGUACUACCAAUGUUAAAAACCUGUUUGUCGAUAGCCUUGAGAAUUAGAUUAAAUGGUAUUUUU